UCGACUAUUGUAUAAUUUGUAUUGGUAUUUAAAACCCAUUUGCAUAGGCAAAGUCUAAAAGUCCAAUGAUCUUAUUUCUCAUCACACUCAAAUUUACAUAGGAGAUACAUGUCGUUGCAAGGAAUUCUCAAGUCGGUUUGGGGGAAAUCAAGAAAAGAUAGUGACUCUUCUAUGUACCCUCAAAUGGCUUCUUCUGCUCCUUUUUCUUCGUCUUCUUCAUCUUCUUCAUCGUUAUCAACUCGUCAAUACACCUACGAUGUCUUCCCAAGCUUCUCUGGUCAAGAUGUCCGCAGAACUUUUCUCAGCCACUUUCUUGAAGGGUUGAAAAGCAAGGGAAUCAAAACGUUCAUAGAUAAUGGGAUCAUGAGGAGUGAGUCUAUCAACUCUGAGCUCGUAAGAGCUAUUAGAGAAUCAAGGAUUGCUGUCGUGAUCCUCUCUAAGAACUACGCUUCUUCGAGUUGGUGUCUAAACGAGUUGCAGCUGAUAAUGGACUGCAGAGCUUCUUUAGGACAAACUGUGAUGACUAUUUUCUAUGACGUCGAGCCUUCUGAUGUGAGAAAGCAGACUGGCGAAUUUGGAAAUACAUUUGAACAAACCUGUUAUGGGAAGACGGAGGAAGAGAAGCAGAGAUGGAGACAAGCUUUGACUGAAGUUGCAGUUAUUGCUGGAGAGCAUUCUGACUCAUGGGCUAGUGAGGCUGAGAUGAUAGAGAAGAUCGUCAUGGAUGUUUCAAACGAGUUGCCAUCAACGGAUUUUGAUAAGUUAGUUGGAAUUGAAGCUCAUGUAGCAAAUAUGAAAUCGAAGAUAUGCUUAGAAUCCGACGAGGUGAAGAUUGUGGGGAUAUGGGGUCCUGCAGGUAUUGGCAAAGCCACCAUAGCUAGAAAUUUAUACAAUCAAGUUUCCAGCUACUUCCAACUUAAGUAUUAUAGGGAGCCAGUUUGGAAAACUGGCUCUAACGCAACGGGAUUGCAUAACGAAUUACUAUCUGGAAUGUUAGAUCAUAGAGACAUGAAGAUACCUCACAUGUUAGAGGCGCAAUAUAGGUUAAUGCACCAGAGAGUCCUUCUCGUUCUUGAUAAUGUCAAUACCGAAGAGCUACAAGCUUUGCAAAAUCUAAGUCAGUAUCUUAAAUUCGGAAGUAAGGUGAUUGUGAUGAUUGAAGAUAUAUAUGCAUUGAGGCGUUGUGGGAUCGAGCAGAUAUACAAAGUUGCUUUCCCAUCGAGCGAUGAGGCUUUACAGAUAUUCUCAUACUCUGCGUUUGGGCAAAGCUCUCCACCAAGAGGUUACUUGGAGCAUGCAAAUGAAGUAACUAAACUUAUUGCUCCUUUUCCACUUGGUCUCAAGAUCUUAGGCUCGGCUUUACGUGGGAAGAGCAAAGAGGAGUGGACCAUGGUACCUGCUAAACUGAAGAGCUAUCUUAACGACACGGAUAUUCAGAAAGCAAUUAGAUUUGCGUUCGAUGGUUUGUCUGAGAAGCACAGAACUUUAUUUCAAUCGUUAGCAGAUUCUAGAUAUUGGGGUAAGAAUGUGAACAACGCCAUCUACUCGCUUGCCAAGACAGACUGGGACGUGGAGAAAGGGUUACAAACCCUAGCUGAUCUGGCUCUCAUCUCUAAAUCUGCGGAUGGAGAAAUCAUGAUGCAUGAUUUGAUACAGUCAAUGCUUUGGAGUGGUAGACUUAGAUAAUUGUGGAAUGACAUUUUUUUUGGUGAAUAAUUUGGAAUGACAUAAAAUAAGGUUAAACUCUAUAAUGAGACAAGUUAUUUGCAUAAA